AUGGCGACCGUGGAGCCGACCGCGCGCGCUGGGUGGGCGUCCACCCGGAGAUCCCCGCCAGUCUUCGCCAGUGCAACGGGAGCAGGGGUGCAGCCCUGCGGGAGAGGCAGCGGCGGGGCCUCUCGAUCAGGGGAGCGGAUCUCUGCGGCCGUAGAGAAACGGGGACCAUAUAUGGUGACGCGGGCGCCUUCCAUUCAGGCCAAGCUGCAGAAGCACCGGGACCUGGCCAAGGCCAUUCUGCGGAGGAAAGGCAUGCUGGGGGCCUCGCCGAACUGCCCCGACUCUUCAGGGAAAAGGUCAGUGAAGUUUAACAAGGGCUACACUGCCCUUAACCAGAGUCCAGAUGAAAACCUGGUGUCCCUCGACUCUGACAGUGACGGGGAGCUGGAAUCCAGAUAUUCUUCCGGCUAUUCUUCUGCCGAGCAGGUGAACCAAGAGGUGAGCCAGCAGCUGCUCCAAGACGGGUAUCAUCUUGAUGAGAUUCCAGAUGAUGAGGACUUGGAUCUUAUUCCCCCCAAGCCCAUGACCUCCUCAACUUGCUCCUGCUGCUGGUGCUGUCUUGGGGACUCUUCCUCGUGUACCCUCCAGUAG